CGAACCGAACCCAAAGUUCCAAAGUUCCAAUGGCUGCUGCUGCGAAGGAAGAGCAAAAAGACGCGCUCGCCGAGUCCAUCAACGAUCUCUUCGGCAGCGUCUCCGCCGUGGUUAAAUCAGAGCUCCAGGGAUCGACCAACCACCUCGAUCUUCUCGAAAAGAUGAACAUGCGAGUGGCCGAAGAGUACAAGGGCUUCGGCGACGUGGCGGCGGGGCUGAGCGUGUUCGUGGAGCAGCUCAAGGCCAAGAGCGGCAGCUUCGACGAGUACGUGAAGCAGAUCGACGUCAUCGAGCAGCAGGUGACGGAGUUCGAGGCGGUUGUUUCGGUGCUCGAUAGAUACGCGUCGAUGUUGGAGUCCAAAGUUGAAUCUGUUUAUCAGAAUCCAUCGGCUUCCUGAAUUGCAACGCGUUUGUGGAAAUCGGGAUUUAUCGUUUGUUUUGUUUAACUUCUGUGGCAAUGUCUACUUUUUUGUACAAAUAAAAAGUUCCCUGCUUGUUUUUUUCCUUGUAUAAAACUUCCAUGUUCGUUAUUAAUUCGUAAUCGGAAUCAAAAUAAAGAGUUGGAUAUCGAUUUUAUUUUUA